UGUUGUUCAAUUAUAAAAAUCUCAUUUUACGCCGACCAUGACCUCCUCUCCAUAUUAUUCCAAGUAUCUUUUCAUCCCCUCUUCACAACCCUACUGCCCUUUCAUUUCUAUGGAGAUUGAUCCUUCAAACUCUGAGAAAUCCGACGAACUAGGUUUAGGGCAUGUUAAGUUUUAUAGGUGUAGUUUCUGUAAACGAGGUUUCUCUAAUGCACAAGCACUAGGUGGACACAUGAAUAUCCACAGAAAAGAUAGAGCCAGGCUUAGAGAAUUUUCCAGUGAAAACUUGCUUUCUUUGGACAUCACCAACUCCGUUAAUCCUCCUCUUCCUCCUCCUCCUCCGGCUCCUUCAAAUGAGGACUCGUUGCAACAUGAAGUAUCGUACAAUGAAACAAUUAGUAGCCCCUCGAAAAGGCCAUGUGUUAAUACAUCUGAAGAAAAUGAUCAUAAUAAGGUGAAUUAUGAUGAUCAUAAUCAUGAAGUGAUUAUUGGAGAUGUUUUGCAAUUACCUUUAUUCACAAAGACUCCAUUAAUUAAAGAAGCAAGCAAUUGUGUGGACAGGCAAGUAGAAGAAAAGGGCAUGCAGCUAAAUCCUGUUUCAGAAUUGGACCUUGAGCUUAGGUUAGGGAUGGAACCACCUCAUGAGUCCAUGAUGAAAACCUUGUAGUUCGUCAAGUCUAUAUCUACGAUCAGAUCCUUUCUGAACUCCCAUAUGACCCUUUAUCAAAGAGAAGCUUUUUCCUUUCUAAUAUGUUAAUCAAAUAUACUUGCUAGAAUCCAUCAAAGAGGUACUUCGAUUCCCUCCAUACAACUUCCUCUUUUAUUUUUUUUGUUUGAUAUAUGUACUCCAUAUUUAUUUCAGUUAAAAGAUCUAAAUCAACAAAAGGAUAUUGUUAA